AAAACGCGCAUGCGUCCGUAUCCGUUAGUCUCAACAGUAGCUUAAUAGUAGAAAUGACGCUUUAACCUCGAAUUUAUUGGUCUUUUCCAGUAUAAACAAAACACUCAUCCCACACUUAUGUAUAGUUAAUAUUUCAAUUUUCAAAUACAAAUGUAAACUUAGGCGUCUUAACGUUAAAAAAAAUAACCGCGCCGGUAUGAUAAUAAAAAUUACCAAAUCUCUGCCUCUCUGGAAAGGACGACGCGAUUAUUGGAAAUUCUCAGUGUAUAUCGCGAACGGUGUUUUAACUAAUGUCCUGAACCCAGAUGUUAAUUGUAAUUAAAAUUGCGUUGGUCUUGUUUUCUCCUAGAACGCAAGAAUCGCGAUAAUUGAAAUUAGAAAAUCAAAUUUAAACUCUAUAUUACAGACUGAAGUAAAAUUUCCAUUGUCUUAUUCUCAACGCCGUGCUAUCGGUAUUGUACCUAUAUAUACACGAUAUUUGCUCAAUUUUCAAUUAGUCCUUUAUCAAAUAGUGCGUAGAAAACUAAAUAACAAUAAUAUUAAACUUGACGCGUACCUCAAAAGUAAAUAUUCUUACGUACAAUCAUGGAAAUAUGGUGGUUUUCCCGUGUCGUGGCUUAUCAUCCCUACGCUAUUCUUGCCGCUGUUUUCGUCUUCUCUUCAACUUGUUUGAUAGUCCCGUUAACUACUAAAAAAUUCCCGGACUUUUCCGACCCACAAUUAGGUUUCGAAGCUCGAGGAACAGUCUUGGCAUCGAGAUUAACAACAUGGCAAAAUUUAAUAGAAGCAAUCAGGCCUCGAGGAAAUCUUAUCGCAAAUCCUCUGGAAUAUUAUCAUCAUAUUUUUCAAUCUAUGAGCCUAAAUGAAACAAGUUUAACGACUCACAACGCGACAACUCAGAUAACUGUGGAUAAAAAGACUCGUAAAAAGGGUAAAAACAAGGGUAAAAAAUAUGGAAAGAAUAAAAAAAAUAUGGAUAGAGAGGAGGAAGAUGUGAAAAAAGACAAAUGGAUGGUGCUAAAGGAGUUGGAAAAGAAACAGAAUUUCCAUUCCGACAAUUUAGAGACCAUAAAGAGUCAUGUCCACCUUGAAAGCGACGGCUUCUUUUGUAAUCCCCCGACUGCCGCCUAUGCUCGUAUUGUCCUCAGAUCUGUUUCUGGUACCGAGAACUUAUGGUCUUUGGAAGGAAUACUGGCUCAGUGCCACAUCGACGCUGCGCUACGCGCCAACAACGAAUUUCCAUCUUUGUGCCAAACCCAACUCCAAAAACAGCACGAUGAUACAGAAAAAAAAUGCUGCCGAAGCUGGUCACCGGCUAACUAUGUGGCUUUACUAUCGAACAGAACCUCUUGCCUGGGUGUUACGGAGAGCGAUUUGAACAGAGUCAAACUCUUGCUCAAUCGGUGUGCUCAUUUUUAUCACAACCUUCAGCUUACUCCAGACUGCGCUGAUGACUCCAAUUGCCAAAGGCGCGUGACCCCUGAUUGCUAUUUGCACAAUGCUCCGUAUCACCUUCUCUAUUAUCUUCUCGAUACCGAGUUUAUACCCGCUUACAAUGGAACCACGUCACCGAAACUAAACACAACUCUGAACUCCGCCAUGCUUUUCUUACCAAUGGCUGCCAGUUCUGCUACUCUUGACUUUUAUCGAGGACUAAACCAGGACGAGUUAACUUACGGAAAAUUCAAAGUACAGGGAAUGCAACUGGGACUGAAGAGCACGCUCUUUGAUCGUCUUUUGGUUUCAGAUUCUUGUCUGCUCCUUGCAGGCUUUGCAUUUGUCACAGUUUGCAUAUGGGCAUAUACCAGCUCAAUUAUACUGACGGUAACAACCAUACUUGCCGUUCUCUUCAGUCUUGGCAUAUCGUACGCCUUUUACACUCUCGUUCUGCGGAUAAAUUUCUUCCCUUUCAUGAAUUUGCUGGCUAUCGUCGUUGCUGUUGGAAUUGGGGCCGACGAUGCCUUCAUUUAUUGCAAAGUAUGGGAAUGCGGGAAGCAGAAGAAACUGACGGGCGGUGGACUGGUCAGUCUGGUCCAAGAAACGAUGAAACAUGCUGUUCCAUCUAUGCUGGUCACCUCACUGACUACAGCAGUUGCUUUCUUUGCCUCUAUAGUCAGCAACGUCACGGCCAUAAAUUGUUUCAGUUUAUUUUCCGGAAUGACUGUGAUAGCCAAUUUCUUUUUGAUGGUGACCUGGUUACCGGCGAGCGUUGUUGUCUCCGAACACUGUCACCUCACCUUAUUAUCGCCAGCCAAUUUUAUUGUGAGGAAAAUCUACCGCCCCCUCAGGCUCUUCCUUGGUAAAGUAGCCACUGAUUUUGGCAAAGUACUUUCCAGAAUCGCAAUCGAGUUGAGAUGGUUCUGGCUAGUGAUCCUUGGAUCCACAGCUGUUGCUGCCAGUCUAGUUGUCUUUCGAUAUCCAGGCCUUCAGCUGCCAGAUUCCCCUGAUUUCCAACUGUUCGAUAGUUCUCACCUCUUCGAAAAGUAUGAUUUGGUUUUCUCGCAACGAUUCUGGUUCGAAAAGCUAGAACUGGGAGAUGGGGGUGAAGUUUUACCUUUGAGAUUUGUUUGGGGAGUAAAACCCGUGGACAACGGGAACCACUUGGAUCCAGGAGCGAGAGGAACGUUGGAAUGGGAUGAGACCUUCGACGUAUCGAGUCGGAAGUCGCAGCUCUGGCUGCUGCAAUUCUGUCGUAGUCUAAGAAUGCAACCGUUUUAUAGAAGUACUUUGGGUCCCUUACUCCCAAACUGCUUCAUUGAAUCGCUAAAGGCUUUUAUGCAGCGGCGUUGCGUGGAUCCCAUAGAUCCGCAAAUAGAUCGUUCCCCGUGCUGCGAAAACAGUACUUUUCCCUACUCUCCAUCUGUCUUGGAACAUUGCGCAGCUGAAGCGAACGCCGAUCUAUAUCGCACACCUUCUGACCUUUGGGGAGGGGAAUCUUCCACUUCGGCAGGACUAAAGUUCCUCAAAGAAGACGUUCACCUUACUUUGAAUAACACCAAACGGCCUCAACCCAAAAUCAAAGCCCUAAUCAUUGAAUACGACAGCAAUUUCACGUACAGUCUCUCAUUCACAGAAAUGGAUCAGUUUUACCGUCAGGUUGAAGGCUGGAUGAAGGAGCAACUGCUAAACGCACCAUCCGGGAUGCGAGGUGGUUGGUUCAUCAGUAGAUUAGAAUUUUACGAACUUCAACGAACUCUUUACGAGGGUACGCUGUGGGCUAUGGGAGUAUCGAUGGUCUUAGCAUUGGUGGUGUUAGCUCUAGUCACACUCAAUAUUCUAGUCAGUUUGUACGCAAUCAUUGCAAUUGGAGCGGCGAUAGUUGUCACAGUCGCGUAUCUGAUUCUGGCUGGAUGGAGGAUGAAUGUUCUCGAAAGUGUUGCGGUAUCCACAGCAAUUGGUCUUGCGGUUGACUUCAGUCUGCACUAUAGUGUCAGCUACAGAGCUUCCACCUCCGAGGAUAGAGUUGAUCGGGUAAAAACAGCACUCGAGCAAAUGGGAGGACCGACACUCAUGGCAGCUGUAACCAGCGGAGCUGCUGGCGCGCUUAUGCUUCCGUCGCAAGUCUUGGCUUACAUACAAAUCGGAGUUUUUCUAGUUGUGGUAAUGGGUGUGAGCUGGAUUUACGCUACCCUAUUUCUCUGCCCAAUUCUGGCUGUUGUGGGACCAUCGCAAGGCUUUGCUCAGUACCAGUAUCCGAGAUUUUCCACGUCGUGGUUUCGUUCGAGAUUUCGUAAGGAUGUAGAAGAGACUGCGACGGGUGUUACGGAGAACCGUAAAGCCAAGGGACGAACCAGGAAACAAAACAGGGAACGAGAGCGCGAGCGAGAAAAGGAGCGCAGAAAAGGCAGAGGGAUGCUGUCGGAAUCCACACUCAGCACGUCGAGCACCGUUUGCCAAUUUCAUUGCGGCGAGCUGGAAGUCCUUGCUGGGAGAGGACCGCCGUCGCCAUCGCUGCCGCCGUCCCCAUCCUCGACUCUGUUGUACCUCGAGCCUUCGCAAUCAGGUCCUUCGUCAAGUAGAAAUAACAAGAGAAAACCGAACAACGAACUCGACUAAGUGGAUCGGAUAUACGUCUUUCUGCAAUCAUCCGCUGUUCAAAUGGUAAGUCAAUAAGAGUCUAACUGAAGUAGUAAAGCUUACUGAUGAUGAGUCAAUGUCGUAAAAGAAUCGUUGACAAAAAACAACUGACAAAAAAAUUUGUGAUUGUAUCGUGUAAUACUAAUUGUGUAUACGUAUGUGAUGGUAAAGAUGUUAGGAAAAAAACAACGAUGUACCUAACUUAUAAAUAUAAUUAGUGUAUAAAGUCUUUGUUGGCCGUGAUCUCAAGGCUGAGGAUAUUAAUGUAAACAAUAUUGUUGUUACACUAACUUCAGGUUCAGUUGAGAUUUUAUUCGUACGUUGAAAGUUCAAUCAUUGUGAAAAAUAGAAAUUCAUGUUACAGGGAACUUGAAUCUAGCUGAAAACUAGUCGUUUCUAGAGAAAACAUCUGAAUGACUAAAAUAAUAUUAAUAAAAAUUUCAUAUUAACAGCCUGAAACAAAUUUUUAUGAAGUGAGACGUAGGAGCAGAUUAACGUUAAAAUUUCCAAUAUAUAUAUAUAUACAUGUUAUGUAUAUACAUACAUAUACACAGAGAUAUAUGAUAUAACUUGAGUUAUUACUACGUGUUGUUACAUGAUCGUAUGUAUAUAUGUAUACUAUAUUGAUAUUAUUUCACUGCGACGUUACGUAGACUUUGUAGACUAUGGUGACAAAUUAUUGCGAAAAUGUCGCCUAUACUGUUAAAACUACGUUGCGAAGCAGUUCACUUAUGUUCCUAAUUUGAACGUCUUAAACGGUGCAACAAGCCAUGUGAUGUUGAAGCAGGUAUUCAUACCUUAAUAUGAUAUAUUUUCAAAGGACUGGUGAAUGUAUUCUAUAUCAGUCUUCAAAUAACAUAAUUUGCAUGUGACGAUGGUAACGACGGCCUCUGAAAAAGUGACGUCUUACAGAUCCUAGCUUAAUUUUACCUGAUUUUAGAUAUUUCGAGAGAGCAGUAUACCUUCUUCUUGUAACUCGUGA